GCUAGUCCAGGUCACCACGCGGUCCUCGUAUCUAUCCCCAAAAUCCCCCAUUUUAUCUCUUCUUCAAGUUUCACCCAAACAAUCCCAUUUGCCCUUUUCUCCACAACUAUCAACGAAAACGAAACCUCAAAAUCCACGCUCUUUUUUCCCACCACCAUCACCAGCAGCGGCAAGCGUAGCAAUGGCCUCUCUUUCUCCGUAAACAGCAAAAACUUUCCCCUAUAAAUCUCUUUAAAACAUGCAUUCCCAUAUUACCCUUGCUUUCCAUUUCUAUUUUCCAAUUCCUACCUCUCUCUGUUUUUCCAAAACUCUCGUCGGCGCCAACCACACCUCCGCUCGCUUCUGCUCCCGUUAAUCCACCUCCCCUUCUUUGUUUGUCUUCCACAGGUUUACCUUUUUUCAAAUAUUUUUUUCUUCUUUUUUGGUAUUCAAAAUCAUACUACAAAAGAUAGAAUUCAAACAGAGAAAAAGCCCACCUUUUUGAAUUCUACUGCCAGUCUGCCAUGGAACCUACCACAGGGAAGCCGAGCCUUUUGAGGAAUAUUCUCGCGCGUGCUCUUCUCUUCGGUCUUUUAGUCAUAGUCUUCCGAUUCGCUUACGUCGUCACCAUCACCGGCGAAUCCUGCAAUCUUGGCGACUUCUGCUUCUUCCCCUUGCCACAGAAUCUCAACUUCGUCAUCCCUGGCGCCUGGGCAGGAGUCUCCGCUGUCGUCGGAAACGAUGCCCUUCCCCGAUCUAAUCCUCGUCGCGAUCUCUAUACCAGCAAAGAGUGGAUCAAGGCUGUCCAUUUUUAUUCUUCAGUUUUCCAAGAUCUGAUCUCUGAGGGUUACCUCUCGCCUCACUCCAAGUCUCUCUGUGUAGAGACUCCCUUAGGCCAGGAAGUUUUCGCCUUGAAAGAGAUUGGGGUUGAGGACUCCAUUGGAAUUUUCAAGAAAGCGGCCAAGCCCUUGGUAAUCAAAGGGGAGGGGCAUCAGAUACCGUUCAAUGAUAAUACUUUUGACUUCAUAUUCUCUGGGGGGGCCCGCCUCGACAUAUCAGCUCGACCGUCAGAUUUUGCGUCAGAGAUCUCUCGAACCCUGAAACCCGAAGGGUUUGCGGUGGUCCACAUCAAGGCUAAUGAUACGUAUAGUUUCAAUUCUUUUCUUGAUUUGUUCAAUUCUUGCAAAUUAGUUAAAAUGCUUGAGAUUGAUGGUUUCGAUUCAUCAAUGCCAUAUAUUAGAGAAAUUGUAUUGAAAAAAGAGAUUGAAAUUCUUGACCACGGGGACAGAAAGAUUCCCGAUGGUGCUUCUAAUAAUAAGUGCUCAGUUCCGGGGCAUAAACGGGAAUUAGUCCAGAAGGCGGAGCCGCUGAUUGAGGAGGAGCCCUUAAAGCCGUGGAUUACCUUGAAAAAGAAUAUAAAGAACGUAAAGUAUUUGCCAUCAAUGGUUGAUAUAAGCUUCAAGAAUAGGUAUGUUUAUGUUGAUGUUGGGGCUAGGAGUUAUGGUUCUAGUAUUGGAAGCUGGUUCAGGAAACAAUAUCCCAAACAGAACAGAACCUUUCAUGUCUAUGCUAUUGAGGCUGACAAAGCUUUCCAUGAACAAUAUGAAGCGAAGAAGAAGGCGGUUACUUUGUUGCCUUAUGCGGCAUGGGUUAGGAAUGAAACACUGUCUUUUGAGAUUAAUCACGAUCCUGGCCAGGAAGAAAUGAAUGAGCUUACGGAUAAAGGCAGAGGGAUGGGAAGAAUUCAACCUGUGAAAUCCAGCCAGGGUGAACUUAAUGCUGAGGUGGAUGAGAUUCAGGGGUUUGAUUUUGCAGAGUGGUUGAAGAACACUGUUAUAGACAGGGAUUUUGUGGUGAUGAAAAUGGAUGUUGAAGGAACUGAAUUUGACUUGAUUCCGAGGUUGUUUGAAACGGGAGCAAUCUGCCUGAUUGAUGAGAUUUUCCUUGAAUGCCAUUAUAAUAGGUGGCAGAGAUGUUGCCCUGGUCAGAGGAGUACAAAAUAUGAGAAGAAUUACGCCCAAUGCUUGGAACUGUUUACUUCCCUCAGAGAAAGUGGGAUUCUUGUUCAUCAGUGGUGGUGAACUCUUUCCAACUCCGCAUCUUCUGAGGUUGCUUACUCUGAAACCGACCUAUACAAGAGAAGAGAGGGAUUUGGAGAAAUCCGGAUGCUUGCUGGCUGAUUGAUGGAGCUUGGAAGUACCGAUCCAUGGCAAGUGGCAUAGUAAUUCUCAAAGCUCCAUUCGUAACUAACAGUUCUAUAUAUAAUAAUAAAAUAUAGUUAUUCCUUAGUUACUUCUUCUAACUCACAGAGCAUAUAUAUGUAGCAAAUUUCCCAAGCUUUAAACAAGAUUGUAGGGUGGGAUAUAACAACUGCCAUGAAUGACUAGCAUCUUUAGAUAACAUGCUGCUACGACUGUGUGUACUUUCUAUCUUAUACAAAUAUAUUUUACGUACGGUUAAAAAUUUUCGAAACUUAUUAAUUUGUAUUUGUAUGAAAAGAAUAUGCUGCAACUGGAAACCUAUCUAUUUUUAAUUUACUAAUAUUUAACAGUUAAAAAAAAAAAGAGAUAGAAAUGGAGAUG